AGUCUGCAGCACAAGCGUUUUUAAAUCCCCCAAACAAGAUCGACGUAGUAAAAUACAAUUAAAAAAAAAAAUACGGCGUCUUGAGUCAGUCACUUGUGGCUCCUGGCAGACAACGCGCAGGGACAAAAUUCGUCGUGCGCGCACUCGCGGCUUUUACGGUAAGUUAGCCCCGCCCCCAUUCUUUGAUAGAAAACUCUGUGAUGUCGCCUGGCCGCUGAACGAGCUUGACCCGCACGGCGAGGGAAGGAGCGGCCGAAUAAACGGAAUAGUCGGACGGGGAAGAGUCGCCUAAGACGGACGAGGAAGACCACACACUGUUGAAGGAGACCCCCCCCCUUACCGGAUUGCACUGUCAGUCCUUUUCUCCCUCCUGUUUCUGGGUUUGGUGCUUCAUUGACCUUCUACCAAUGAACAACUAGAGUUUGACCCCUGACCUUGGCGUGAUCUCUCACCUCUUCUAUCAAACCACGCCCACAGUGUGUAUGGAGCAGUGUGAGAGCGCAGCAGCUCUGCUGGAGUCGGUAAGGGAGCAGGAGGUGCAGUUUGAACAGCUGACUCGGGCGUUGGAAGAUGAGAGGAGGAGAGUGGGCCUCCCUGCCACCAGCCCUUCAACGCUGGGUCGCUCCCUCCCUCACACACAGAACGGGCGUUUAGGGGAUGCAGACAUAGAACGACUGAAAUUGACAGACUCCUACCUUAACGGCACACAGUACAGGAUGGUGGACCCAGCACACAGCACUCUAGAUGAGAGCUACACACCAGAGGAUGACUCCCACGAAGCACACUCUGUUUUUUCUGAAGAAGGAACCACACGACGGCCGGACAAUGGGCUGAAGAAGCCGAUCUCACGCACAGUCAUGCCGACGGACUCCAUGUCCAUUGACGGCGGCAUGUCUAUGGGCGGCUACAGCGCCACACUGGACCGUCCAUAUAGGCACAUGGGAGGAGGAGACUACCCCACGGCCACGGUGCCCAGAAACUACCACUACAGCCCUGUAGGGGGUUACGAUGACUACAGGGGAGGACCACCAUCAGAGGCAUACACGAGCUUGAGCCGGGGCUCACACAUUGAUGAACGCUACAGGCCAGUGGAUGGCUACAGAACUCUGGAUUCUGGUUAUCGGGCCCCAAGCCGCCAGCAGAUGGACCCCUAUGCGGCACAGCCCCAGGUGGGCAGGGGAAUGAGGGCCAUGGGCUCUGCAAUGGAGAUGCGAUACAACCAUGGUCAUUACGGUCUGGAAGAUGACCAGCGCAGUGUGGGAUAUGACGACUACGGCAUGGGGCCUCCACCCAUGCACCCCGGCGGUUAUGGCACCAUGCCCCGGCUGGGACCUGGCCCUGGUGGUAUGGAUAGACGGCGGCUCAGAAGCUGUGAAGAUACCCUGGAUAGUGAUAUGGGAGGAGUUGACCCAUAUGCAUGGGUCGUUCCCAUGACCAUGGAGCGAGGAAGCAUGGCUUCAUUAGACAGCACCCUAAGGAAAGGUCCUCCUGCCUCAUGGCGACAACCAGAGCUGCCUGAGGUGAUUGCCAUGUUGAACUACCGCUUGGAUCCUGUCAAAACCAACGCCGCUGCCUUCCUCCAGCAUCUCACGUUCAAAAAUGACAAGGUUAAAUCAGAGGUGCGCCGCCUAAAGGGUAUACCCGCCUUAGUGUCGCUGCUGGACCACCCCAGCAAAGACGUGCACCACUCGGCCUGCGGGGCACUAAAGAAUAUCUCAUAUGGACGGGACCAAGACAACAAGAUUGCCAUCAAGAACUGCGAUGGUGUGCCAGCUCUUAUUCGGUUGCUGAGGAAGACCCGUGACCAGGACCUCACGGACACUAUCACCGGCACACUGUGGAACCUUUCAUCCCACGACUCCGUCAAGAUGGAGAUCGUGGACCACGCCCUGCACGCUCUGGCCGAUGAGGUGAUAGUGCCUCACUCGGGCUGGGAGCGCGGGAGCAACGGAGGAGAGGAAAGCUGCAAACCACGACAUCUGGAGUGGGAAACCGCUUUGACCAACACUGCUGGCUGCCUGAGGAAUGUGAGUUCAGAGCGCAGCGAGGCACGGCGGAAGCUAAGAGAGUGCACAGGACUAGUCGAUUCGCUGAUGUACAUUGUUCAGUCACAGAUCAACCGCAAAGAUGUGGACAAUAAGUUGGUGGAGAACUGCAUGUGCCUCUUAAGAAAUCUGUCCUAUCAAGUUCACCGUGAGGUCCCCAGCUGUGAUCGCUACGCUGAAAGCGCGCCAAUCAACCAGGGACCUGCACCUGGGUCCAACAAGGGUGGGUGCUUUGGCUCCCGGAAGGGCAAAGAUGAAUGGUUUUCCAAAGGAAAGAAAGAAGGCGAUGAUGGAAGCGCAGACCAAGUUGACAUUCCAAAGAGGACAACGCCUGCCAAAGGUUAUGAGCUGCUGUUCCAACCAGAAGUUGUUCGACUUUACACAUCGCUGCUAAGAGAGAGCAAGAACCCCUCCGUGCUGGAAGCUGCUGCCGGGGCCAUCCAGAACCUGUGUGCAGGCCGAUGGACUUUUGGCCGUUACAUCCGCGCUACUGUGCGUCUAGAGAAGGGUCUCCCCAUGAUGGCUGAACUGCUGGCUCACAGCAAUGAUCGUGUGGUGAGGGCAAUGUCCGGAGCCCUAAGAAACCUCGCCAUCGACAACCGGAACUGUGAACUUCUUGGUUUGCAUGCGGUACCCCACCUUGUAGCAAAUCUUCCCGGAGGCCAAUCCGGGCGUGCUCUGUCAGAGGAGACUGUGGUGUCAGUACUAAGCACGCUGGCUGAGGUGCUGGGCAGCAGUUUGGAGGCGGCAAAGACCCUCAGGGCCUCGCAGGGCAUCGAAAGGCUCGUGCUUGUUAAUAAAAACGGCAAGCGCUCUGAUCGUGAGGUCCGAGCGGCGGGUCAGGUGCUGCAGCUGGUCUGGGCCCACAAGGAACUGCGUCGGCCUCUUGAGAAAGACGGUUGGAAGAAGUCGGACUUCCAGAUCAACCUGAACUCCAUCACAGCCAACGGCCCGAGCAGUCGAGUCAACGGCACCUACGGAGAGACCACCACACCACUGCUGGACAGAGGAGAGAAGCGAAACAUGAUUCCACUUAAUGACCUUGGCUCUGAGGCUUACUCAACACUGGACCAGAGGGAGAGGAGACACACUCUGGACGACACGACAGACACUUUACCGAGAGGGAUGUAUGGGGGAAGAAAGGGCUCCCUGCCUCUGUUGGACUCCUAUGAUGGUUAGCCCUCCCCCUCUACCCCCUUCUGCAUGUAACAGCAUGAAAAACUGAUCGUGUGCAUCACCCAGACCGGGCCAUCCCUGCCCGGCUACUAAGGGAAGGAUGGUCCACAUGCACACACUCCCCUCGCGUGUGUGUGUGUCCUUAUCUUUCUCUUCCUUUACCGUCUCCCAGCGGACCAAUGAGACGACUGUUUGGCAUCCAAAGAACGUGGUGGUGUUGCAGCUCAAUUAAGUUGCAACACUUUUCUUUUUUUUGCGUUGUACCUUUUGAUCGUAGCAGCAGAAGUCUUUGUAUUAAGUUAUAAAUCUAUAGAGGCAAUCACCUCUGUUGACAAUCAUUUAAUUCUGGUGUUUUUGCCCUCUUUGCUAUUUUCAACAUGAUUUUUCUGCUUGCAUCCUAACAAGGAGAUUGUGUGUGUGAGUGUGUGGACCUCUCAGUGUAGGAUAUGAACUGUACAUAUACAAAGAAAACGGGAUGACCGCAUUAGUUUUGGCUUUUAUUUAAAUACGUCCCCCUCAAGGGGAUAUUUUCGGAUACCUGACGAGUCGCCCUGUAGAUGGAGAAUGUUUGUAUAGAAGUGUUGUGUAGAAAUAUUUUCUCCGCUUUGGGGUUGGCACAGGUGUACACAAGAAAAAGCAGGUGUUUGUGUGUGUGUGUGAGGGGAGAAACACCUAUGGACCUUUUUGUUUUGUUUGUUAAAUUCAUUUUCGUAUGCAAGCGCAGACACAUUGUUUAUUUUUGUGCUCAUGUCUGUCAAUUUUUGUUCUUAAUAUUUUUUUUCUUGGUGUAAGACAUUUUAAUGCUUGGUUUUAUUCCAAAAUUCCACAUCUGGCUUGACGGAUGACAGUGGGAAGUGAAGCUGGCAAUAAGCGCUCAUUUGAACCACUUCCUGUUUAAUCACUUUUUCCCCCCUUGUGUCCGCUAUUUAGGAUGACGUCAUCUUCUCGUGGACUGAAUCCGCCGACGGGGGUGUAUUUGCUUAGAGGAGACUCGAGUCAGUACGGUUUUGUUAUAGUAGGCGACCAAGAUUCUUAUUUUUGUCAUCCCUUUGGUUUCUUUCUUCGCCAUUUUUCUCUCUAGUUUAUUUGUAUUUUGAGUGUCCUGUGUUGCGAUGGUGGGUAAGAUCAUUAUGCAAUUUUAUUUUGUUUUUUUUAAAUUAAUCUUUCCAGUUCUUUACACACACAUGAUAUAUUUGUAAUGUUGCCUAUCCAUGUACCAUUCAUACCUGCCUUGCCUCUGACAGUUGCUUUUUUUUUAAAGAGAAAAAAGAACGGAGUUAUGUAACUGGUCAUACUGAUGUUUUUUAUAAAUAAAGAUCAUUUCUUAGACAA